GGCUAACAUCUAUUUGAGCAAUUAGUUCAGAAGACUAAUUUUUUAAAGAUGCCGUUUGGCCAGAUAGUUAUUGGGCCUCCUGGAUCAGGAAAAACAACAUACUGCAACUCCAUGAAAGAGUUUAUGGAACACUUGGGAAGGAAAGUUGCUGUGAUUAAUAUUGAUCCUGCUAAUGAUGUCUUGCCUUAUUCCCCAGAGGUAAACAUUUCUCAUUUGAUUGAACUGGAAGAUGUUAUGAAUAAUCUACACCUUGGCCCAAAUGGUGCCCUCAUGUAUUGUAUGGAGUAUCUAGAAAAAAAUGUUGACUGGUUAUUAAAAGAAUUAUCAAGAUUUGAAGACCAUUAUGUUCUGAUGGAUUGUCCAGGACAGGUAUGA